GCGAGCGUGUUGGUCGCCGCGUCCGCGAAAAGUCACCGCUUACAAUCGUCUUCCGAAUGACAAACUCACGAGUCGUGUCGUAUAUUAUUAUAUUAUAAUCGUCUGAGGUACGCAACCGGGUCGGGUGUACCGUGUACCGUCAACAUACAUUUUAAUAUCAUAAUUAUAACAAAUCGUAAAUUGUUAAAAAACUAUAGAAUAUCGUGUUGACCCAGUCGCGACUUCAUUUCAUCGAGCACGAUCAGUAUCGAUAUAUAUAUAUAUAUAUAUAUAAAUAAUAGAUGCUAUAUUAUUUAUAAAAUAGAGCAGUUUAUUAAACGUAUAGUGUAGUCGAUUUUGGUGUAUUUUUUAUUUUUAUCAUCCCAAAUGUCGUACGAUGACAUACUACAGCAAUUUUGGUAAUGGAAAUGUGCAUAAAACCACCGUCAAACACAACGGAGACGUGAUCGCUUGUCACAAGUGUGGUGGAUAUAAGGUGGUAAACCAUGUGGGCAGAAUGAGUCGGGGCCGAAGAAAAUUGUUGGUGUACGGGCUGGUCGUCGGCACGUUGCUAUUGCUGGCGUACAAGCUGCGCUCAUGUCCCGAACCCGAACCUCAAACCAUGUUCAUGAUGCCGAAAGACAAAUUUGUUACCGACGAAAACAUGAAGAUCUACUCUUAUGAUCGAAACAUGCCGCUAAUAUUCAUCGGCGGCGUGCCUAGAUCCGGCACUACGCUCAUGAGAGCCAUGUUGGACGCCCAUCCGGACGUCCGGUGUGGCCAAGAGACUCGGGUAGUUCCUAGAAUUCUACAGAUGCGCAAUCACUGGUACAAGUCGUCUAAAGAGUCGCUUCGGCUGAAAGAAGCCGGCGUUUCUGAAGAAGUCAUAAACUCCGCGGUUGCUUCAUUUAUUCUUGAAGUAAUCGCCCGGCACGGGGUACCGGCACCACGACUGUGUAACAAGGAUCCACUAGCACUAAAAUCCAUGGACUAUUUAAAGGUAUUGUUUCCCAAUGCCAAGUAUAUAUUCAUGGUGCGCGACGGCCGAGCUACCGUCCAUUCCAUCAUAUCGCGUAAAGUGACAAUCACUGGUUUCGACUUGAACAGCUAUAGACAGUGUCUGGAAAAAUGGGAUGACGCUAUUAGCGUCAUGUACAAAAACUGCAACAAAGUCGGGUCUGGGUACUGCCUGAUGGUAUACUACGAACAAUUAGUGUUGAGGCCUCGGGCUACAUUAACCGAGAUACUCAACUUCCUGGAUAUCCCGUGGAACGAGACGGUGCUUCACCACAAUGAAAUGAUCAACAAGCCUGGAGGGAUCGCCCUAUCGAUGGUGGAACGUUCGUCCGACCAAGUGGUCAGGCCGCUGUACCAAGAAGCAUUGACCAAAUGGGUCGGGCAAAUACCCGAUGACGUGGUUAACGAUAUGGCAAACAUCGCGCCCAUGCUAAACACGCUUGGCUAUGACCCGGCCGCAAACCCACCCACGUACGGCAUCCCGGAAGACAAUGCUGGAGGAUCGGAGCGUCAGUAUGACACGAGUGCCAACGGAGAUAACGGAGAUACGAAACAUACUACUACGCGAAGGAGGUAGUCAAAGGAAUACAAUAUGUUAUGCAAAAUUUAUUUUAUUUUUUUUUUUUUUUUAUAUGUAUAAAUUGUGUUUAACACUUAUUAU